AUGUACGGCAGCAUACUUGUCGGUCUCGCCAACGUAGGGAAGUCGACCUUCUUCCAGGCCCUUACCAAGUGUUCGCUCGGUAAUCCUGCCAACUUUCCCUAUGCCACCAUCGACCCAGAAGAGGCACGUGUCAUCGUGCCCGACGACCGCUUCGACUGGCUGGUCAAGCAGUACAAGCCCAAGUCCGAGGUGCCCGCCCACAUGACUGUCUACGACAUCGCUGGUCUGACGCGAGGCGCUUCGACUGGUGCGGGUCUCGGUAACGCUUUCUUGUCACACAUCCGAGCCGUCGAUGCCGUCUUCCAGGUCGUGCGCUGCUUCGACGAUGCUGAGAUUAUUCACGUUGAGGGAGAUGUGGACCCGAUCCGUGACCUCGACAUCAUCAGCGAAGAGCUUCGAAUCAAGGACAUCGAGUUCGUGGAGAAGGCACACGAGAACCUCGUGAAGCAGACUCGACGAGGAGGUCAGUCACUUGAGAUGAAGAAGCUCAAGGAAGAGCAAGCCACAGUCGAGAAGAUCCUCGAGCACCUGAAGGCCGGCAAGGACGUGCGCAAGAACGACUGGUCACCGAAAGAGGUCGAGGUCAUCAACCCACUCUUCCUCCUCUCCGCCAAGCCAGUCGUCUUCCUCGUCAACCUCAGCGAAAAGGACUACAUCCGCCAAAAGAACAAGCACCUGCCCAAAAUUGCCGAGUGGGUAAAGGAGCACGCUCCCGGCGACCCAAUCAUCCCCAUCUCCGUUUCAUUUGAGGAUCGUCUCACCCGCUUCGAGACAGACGCAGAAGCAGAAGAGGAGGCCAAGAAGCUCGGAACCAAGUCUGCCCUUCCCAAGAUCAUCACCACCAUGCGCAAAGCCCUCAACCUCGGCUCCUUCUUCACCACAGGCACAGACGAAGUACGACAAUGGACACUACGAAACGGCACCAAGGCUCCUCAAGCAGCUGGUAUCAUUCACGGUGACUUUGAGAAGACUUUCAUUCAGUGUAUUGUGUACAACUACAAUAUCUUGAAGGAGCUCGGCGAUGAGGCUACUGUGAAGGCGCAGGGUAAGAUCAUGACGAAGGGCAAGGACUAUGUGGUCGAGGAUGGUGAUAUCCUACUUAUCAAGGCCGGUGCUGCCAAAGCAUAA